AUGGCACCAACAUUUUCCUUCUUCUUCUUAUGCAUUUCCCUAACCCUAAUUCCCUUCUCCAUUGCUAAUGUCGAAAGUGAUGCUCUCUAUGCCUUUAAGCAAAGCCUUUCUGACCCCAAUAACGCUCUUGAGUCUUGGGAUAAUUCCCUUGUUGAUCCUUGUACUUGGUUCCAUAUCACUUGUGAUGGAGACCAAAGUGGUAGUGUUAUUCGAGUGGAUCUUUCAAAUCAGAACCUAACUGGACAUUUGGUACCUGACCUUGCAAAUCUGCAUGCUCUACAAUACCUUGAGUUGUACGGAAACAACAUUCAAGGAACCAUUCCUCCAGAGCUUGGAAGCCUAAAGAGUCUAGUUAGCUUAGACUUGUACAAAAACAACUUAUCAGGCGAGAUCCCACCUUCACUUGGGUACUUGAACAAUGUUAUAUUCAUAAGAAUCAAUAACAAUCAUCUAGCCGGUGGUCUCCCGGAGUCACUUGGUACUCUUCAAAAGCUUAGGAUUCUGGAUGUCUCCAACAAUAACUUAUCUGGCCCAAUUUCGGCCAUAUUCCAAAAUAUUCCAAUAACAAAGAUCAAGGUCUUAUGUCCCAAUUUGGUGGAUUAUUCUGUCUCACUAAUAAAAUUAUAUCGUGUAGGCACCGAUAUGUCAAUUAUAAAUUUAUAA